CUCUUCUGCAUUGCCGCGGACAAGGUGCUCGCAGCCAACCCAGCGCUGCCUGGCAGUGAGAAGGAGACGGAGACACACACACGCGCACACACACACACACACAGACUCCCUCUCUCUCUCGCACACACGCACAGUCGCGUCGCGGCGACCGGCCGGCGAGGGGGUCUAUGCGGCUGCCCGGCGCGGAUCUCCAGAGCGGGCUGUCGGAUCGAGCCCCCGCUCCCGCAGGCUCCCCGCCCCCCUCCUCCGCCCCCCAGAUCGCUCCCCCUCGGAGCCCCGGCGGCGGGCCCGUCCGGCCAUGAGCGUCAGAUGGAGCGUGCUGGGAGCCCGAGGCGGGCUGGGGUCCUGAGCGCCUACCGGGUGCCCUGAGUUGUUGCAGCAGCAGCAGCGCCGAGCAGACUCCAGCGGGGCCCCUCUCCCCUGCCCCGGCCGGGUCCCGUCCCGUCCUCGCCGCGAUCCUCUGCCCUGCCGAGGGAUGGCUUUAUGGCAGCAGCUCGGAGCCGGUGCCCGCGUGGGCACGGGGCUGUGGCAUGUCCUGCUGGCUGGCACCAUCCUCACUAGCCACAUUCAGCCCAACGGUGCCCAACAAAGUGCCACAGUGCCCAUCCCUGUGCCAGGCUCCACUUCAGACCUGCUCCCUCACUUCCUGCUGGAACCUGAUGAUGUUUACAUUGUCAAGAACAAACCAGUGACACUGGCUUGCAAGGCCACACCUGCUACCCAGAUCUACUUCAAGUGCAAUGGCGAGUGGGUGCACCAGGGUGAUCAUAUCAUACAACGAAGCAUGGAGAAAAGCACAGGUUUACCCCUCAUGGAGGUGCGGAUCGACAUCUCACGGCAGCAGGUGGAGAAGAUCUUUGGUCUGGAGGAGUACUGGUGCCAGUGUGUUGCCUGGAGUUCUUCUGGCACCACCAAGAGCCAGAAGGCCUAUGUGCGCAUUGCUUAUCUGCGAAAGAACUUUGAACAAGAGCCAGUAGCCAAAGAGGUUUCUAUUGAGCAGGGGAUUGUGCUGCCGUGUCGACCUCCAGAGGGGAUCCCACCAGCUGAAGUUGAGUGGCUGCGCAAUGAAGAGCUCCUGGACCCCACACUGGACCCGAAUUUCUACAUCACCCUGGAACAUAGCCUGGUGGUGAAGCAGGCCCGCCUAGCAGACACAGGCAACUAUACCUGUGUGGCCAAGAAUAUUGUGGCCCGGCGUCGCAGUUCACCUGCUGCUAUUACUGUCUACGUGAAUGGUGGCUGGUCGACGUGGACGGACUGGUCAGCCUGCAGUACCAGCUGUGGACGGGGCUGGCAGAAGCGGAGCCGGAGCUGCACCAACCCAACGCCACUCAACGGGGGGUCCUUCUGUGAGGGCCAGAAUGUGCAGAAAAGUUCCUGCGCCACCCUGUGCCCAGUGCCUGGGGGUUGGUCAGCCUGGAGCCUGUGGUCGGAGUGCGGCGCAGACUGUACACAUUGGCGAAGCCGUGAGUGCUCUGAUCCAGCGCCCCGGAAUGGCGGGGAAGAGUGCCAGGGGCCUGAGCUGGAGACCCGCAAUUGUACCAGUGAGCUGUGUACUCAUGGAGCUGGUGGCUCUGAGGAUGUGGCUUUAUAUGUGGGCCUGAUUGCUGUGGCUGUCUGCCUGGUGCUGCUGCUCCUGGUGGUGACACUUGUCUAUUGUCGCAAGAAGGAAGGCCUGGAUUCUGACGUUGCUGAUUCUUCUAUUCUCACUGCUGGCUUCCAGCCGGUCAGCAUCAAGCCCACCAAAGCAGAUAACUCCCACUUACUCACUAUCCAGCCUGACUUGAGUACCACCACCAUGACCUACCAGGGCUCUCUGUGUCCACGUCAAGACGGACCCAGCAAGUUCCAGCUUGGCAAUGGGCACCUUCUGAGCCCAUUAGGUAGUGGACGUCACACCUUGCACCACAGCUCACCCAGUGCUGAUCCAGUGGACUUUGUCUCACGAUUCUCUACCCAAAGUUUCUUCCGCUCCCUGCCUAGGGGUGGUGCCAACAUGGCAUAUGGAACUUUCAACUUCCUGGGUGGACGCCUAAUGAUACCUAACACAGGUGUCAGCCUGCUCAUCCCACCUGAUGCCAUCCCACGAGGGAAGAUCUAUGAAAUCUACCUGACACUGCACAAGCAGGAGGAUGUGAGGUUGCCCCUGGCUGGCUGCCAGACCCUGCUGAGCCCCAUUGUCAGCUGUGGCCCUCCUGGGGUGCUGCUCACCAGACCUGUCAUCUUAGCCAUGGAUCACUGUGUGGAGCCAAACCCUGAAACCUGGAGCCUGCGCCUCAAGAAGCAGUCCUGUGAGGGCACAUGGGAGGAUGUGUUGCACCUGGGUGAGCCAGUACCCUCAGAAUUCUACCACUGCCAGCUGGAACCUCAGGCUUGCUUCAUCUUCACAGAACAACUAGGCCGCUUCGCCUUGGUGGGCGAAUCCCUCAGCAUGGCUGCCUCAAAACGCCUCAAACUGGUCCUCUUCGCACCCACUACUUGUAGUGGGCUGGAAUACGAUGUUCGUGUGUAUUGCCUCAGUGAUACCCGUGAUGCACUCAAGGAAGUGGUACAAAUAGAGAAGCAGAUGGGAGGACAGCUGAUUGGUGCACCGCGGAUCCUGCACUUCAAGGACAGUUACCACAAUUUGCGCCUCUCUAUCCAUGAUGUGCCCAGCUCACUGUGGAAGAGCAAGCUUCUUGUCAGCUAUCAGGAGAUUCCCUUCUACCACCUUUGGAGUGGGCUGCAGCCCUAUCUGCACUGCACCUUCACACUGGAGCGACUCAGCACCAGCACUUGCCAGCUGGCUUGCAAAAUCUGGAUCUGGCAGGUUGAGGGCGAUGGGCAGAGCUUCAAUAUUGACUUCAACAUCGCAAAGGAUGCACGGUUCUCAGACUGGCUGCCCCCAGAUCAUGAGGCUGGCUCCCCUGCCCUGGUGGGCCCCAGUGCCUUCAAGAUCCCCUUCCUCAUCCGCCAGAAGAUCAUCAGCAGCCUGGAUGCACCAGGAGUCCGUGGAGCUGACUGGAGAGCGUUAGCUCAAAAGCUGCACCUUGACAGCCAUCUAAGCUUCUUUGCUUCAAAACCCAGUCCUACAGCCAUGAUCUUGAACUUAUGGGAGUCCUGUCACUUUCCCAAUGGGAACCUCAACCAGUUGGCUGCUGCUGUGGCUGAGGUGGGCAAGCAGGACAGCUCCCUCUUUAUGGUUUCAGAGGCCGAGUGCUAAGGCACUCAGGGGGGACAGUACAGGCCUGAGCUGGGAGAUGACAGGGGGCAUCUCCAUUUGAGAGGGCAGUGCUCCUGCUUAGAACAUGCCUGUGCACCCCUGUCUGCGGCAUCCUGGCCUCAUGCCCUCUAUUCCUUGUGCCAAAUACAGCCAGAAGGCAAGCACACUGGCUCAAUCUCCAGCAGUCAUGGCAAAUGCUACUGAAUGCUUACCCUGCUGCUACUGAGAAAGUUUUGGGACUGGCUGAGGGAGGCCUGUCCCUACUGCCUGAAUAGGCUCACAAUGGAUUCUGAUGGGUGAGCAUCUGGACCUCGUCAUGUGCUCAGAUCUAUCUUUUUUCUUAGUGUGUGUGUGUGGGGGGGGGGAGGCCAGGGAAAACAGCUGGCCUACCAUGACCAGGAGAAAAAAGGUAAGCUUGCUUCUGAAGCUGACAUAUCUGUACCCUUCCCACUACUGCCACCCAGGACAUCCCGUGCUACAACACAGGAGGGGGGUGUGUGUGGGCCAGGACACUUCCAGAGCCAUCUCUAUAUACUUUUAUUCCAGCCCAAGAAAUACUCAAGACUCAGCCAUAGAGGGCAGCCCGGGGGAGGGGGGUAGUGGUCUGCAAAUACUGGGAGCCCCAAGAGGACAAGGGAGGGACAGGAAAUGCAGCAGAGGGGACAGCCCAGGAACAAGGCAGAACUGUACUGGGCAACUGGGUCUGUGCCUCCUUAACCCUUGCCCAAUGUAUAUGCAAAGGGAAUUGUGCGUGUGCGUGGCAGUCCAAUCUGUGCAGUGAACGUGUGCUGAACCAGGCAGGUCCAUGCUGUAUUGUGUAAAGAUCGUUUUUUAUUCUGUAUUCAAGUGCAUUCAAGUAUUUACACUUGGCCUUAUGUACAUAUAAGCGUCCCGCACAGGGUUUUAGCGGGCAUGAAUGUAAAUAAAUUAUAUAUAUAUUGCUA